GAAGAUAGUGCAGUUCCCAGAAGGAGGCCAGCAGCAGUGAUUUCCAAAGCUCCGUCUCAGUUCUGCCUACACUCCUCUGCCUAGCCCAGCAUCAUGAAGUUCCUUGAAGCUACCAUCCUGGUCAUCCUCUGCGCCAGGGUCCUCUACGCCCAAGAGGAAGAACGCCUUGACCCCCCACUCAUCUGCUGCAUGACCUACACGCCCCGGAAGAUCCCCCGCAAAGUUGUGGCUGACUAUAUUAAGACCAGCGACAAGUGCCCCCUAAAUGGUGUUGUCUUUAUCACCACAAGGGGCCGGCAAAUCUGUGCCAAUCCCAGCGAUGCCUGGGUUCAGGAAUACAUCAACAACUUGAAGGAGAUUCCCCAGGGGGUCAGUUUCCCAAUGGGCAGCAGGGAUGCUGACUAGGGGAAUGUCCCUGCAGCCCCAGAAGUUCCCUGUCCUCUGAGUCCUUCCCCCCUCCACUAACCACAUUCUGAAAGCUUUCUUUAAUUUACUAAGCUAUGUAAAUCGUUUUAUUCCUUUGAUGUUCUUUUUUAACGAUUUCUCUGAGAAAUCAUUAUAACACCCUCUUAUCCCCAAUUCCUUUCCCAAUCAUAUAGCGGGUGCCUCAUGUUCAGGGUGAUGGUGAAUGAUUGUGCUCCUGUCUCUGGGUAGGCAUGGGACCAAGCCUAUCAACAGAUGCUUAUUGAGUUUGUAUAAGCCCUUUGCUCUGUUAAAAUUGCCAGAAUAAUAAAGAUUGUUUUUGUUUUCUUUAGUAAA